UAUGGGAAGCGCGCUGGCUGAUCCGAAGUGCUGGGCUUCGGCUUGUCCGUUUCUGGAGCUGGUGCUUCAAGGGACCCACAAAAUGUGACUCACCGCCUGGUUGGUCUCACUGGCGGUGCACGGAUUGUGACUCUUUUCUCUGGGUUUUGCCUUCCCAGCUGCGCCGGCAAUCUUUUCUGCGGGCGGGACAUGUUCUGAGGCUUUUCUGUCCAAGGCAGCAAGUACCCGUGAAUCACCAUGGCAACCAAGCAGCCUCCCCCUCUGAUGAAGAAGCACAGCCAGACAGACCUUGUGAGUCGUCUGAAGACAAGGAAGAUCUUAGGUGUUGGUGGAGAGGAUGACGAUGGCGAGGUUCAUAGGUCAAAGAUCAGUCAAGUCUUGGGCAAUGAAAUCAAGUUUGCAGUGAGGGAACCUUUGGGGCUCAGGGUUUGGCAGUUUGUGUCAGCCAUCAUAUUUUCUGGGGUUGCCAUCAUGGCUCUCACCUUUCCAGAUCAAAUCUAUGAUGCCAUCUUCAAGGAAGAGGUAGUCAACAGCAAAAUGCCUAUCCGUCUUUAUGGAGGAGCUUUACUUAGCAUCUCACUCAUCAUGUGGAAUGCCCUCUACACAUCUGAGAAGGUCAUAAUCCGUUGGACCCUACUGACCGAAGCUUGCUACUUUGGAGUGCAGUUCCUGGUGACUUCAAUCACCUUGGUUGAGAGUGGCCAAGUGUCUAUGGGAGCCACAUUUCUUCUCAUCAGCCGAGCCCUCUUUGUACUUAUCAGCGGUUAUUACUACUAUCAAGUUGGACGCAGAUCCAAGAAAGUCUAAUGGCCAGAACUUUAGGGGGGGUGGGAGACCUUGGUUGAUUUGGAAGGACUGGAGGGCUUUUCUAUUUUUUUUUCUUUUUCUUUUCCACAUUCCUUUUUGUUCACGUUAGUGCAUUGUCUUUAAAAGCAGGAGUCAUCGUAGCAUGCAUCAAUGUGUCAGUCCAGUGCAGGUCUCCCUGCCACAGCAGACAAGAAAAAAGAAAGAUCAAAGCUGAGCUUCUUCCUGCCUAAUGUCUCUUUGGAAAGGAUAGAGAUAAUGAGGCCUGCUCAGAAUAUAGGGGAGAGCGAUUCCCAAUUGUUAACCAACUUAGUCUGUUAAACUAGAUGAUGGCCCAGGAUAUCCCAUUCUGCUAUCCUCCAGACUGACUGGACUGAACAUCUGUCACAACAGCCAGUGCAGGAAGGGGAUGAUAGGAGUUGAAGUUCAACUAUCAUAGACUUGGAAAGGAAUUUGGAACAGCUUUCCAAGUUUUACAUUGAUAGACCCAGCAAGUCCAUUGAAAUUGCAGUGAAUGUUUUAAGUAUUCUUCCUUUUCAUUUGUCUCGUGGGUCUCUUGUCAAGUCUGUCUACUAAAAUCUUACAGCCAGGGCUGAAACAAUGUCUUGCCUCAUGGGGGAAUCCCCAAGGCACAUUAUACAGAAUUCUUAGAAAGUUGAAUAUUGACAUCUUUUAAUGUGCCUCUUAUGAAAUGAUAUCAUGACCAUACAUCUGAAACCUGGACAUAAACUAUAUUAAUUUUAAAAAAGGGAUUCAAGCUCUUUUGAAGGACGCCUCAAUCUGCUACUGCUUCUAAAUAUGACUUUUUAUUUUUUAUCAUCAUUUCUCCCUUUCUUCUCUGCUGUUGGCCACUUAGUACUGUUCUAGUUAGCGGUGUUUGGUUUUUAAAGUACUAGUUAUUAACUAAAAUACUCCCAGAUUCAGUAAUUCUAGGAAGUGGAACUGAAAUCAUGAUUUCUCAAACUUUUUUAAAAGACAAAAACAAAAACGCAAGGAAAUAUUUACCAGUUUUUACAAAUUAUUGUCAAAUGUUAGUGCAAAUGAAGAAUGCACAAGAGCUUGGUUAUAAGCAAGUACCUAAAAUGGCAUAGUAAAUAUUGAACAUGUCUAGGUUAGUUAGUAUUGUAAAUGCUGGAAUGAUUUGUGAAUGUAGAAAUGUCUGAUUUUGAUGGUCUUUUCAUCCUUCUUGAAAUGGAAAGAUCAGUCAAAUUAGUAUUUAUGUGCACGUGUAUGUCUAGAAGCACCGAAGGGGAAAUUACAAAUGAUUAGGUCAUUUCUCAUGUUUUACAGUUAGCUCCAAAACUGGAUUCCACCCUAUUACAUGAAUUAAAUCAGUAUACUGUGAACUGUGACGCAACAAGAUGCCCCAAAGAGUUUAGAUAUGGAUUGUCCUCUCUUGUAGUUGCAAGAGGCUGCUAACCAGGGGUGGGUUCCUGCCAGUUUUAACCUCUUCUGUAGAAGAGGUUCCACAAAUCUAUAGUACUGUU